AUGGUUACUCAGAUUACGGUACCAAUUGAAUUUGUUUAUGUUGUUGGAGCAGCAAUGAUGUCAGCUUUUUUAGUGGUUGGUGCUGCUAUUUACAAGUGAGUCAUAGAAUAAAAAUAUCGGAUUACUGUUAAACUUUUUGGAAAUAUGAACUCGAACAUACUGAUAUUUCGUAAUUCUAGAUUUCGAAAUAUUUAAUCAAGUUUUCUCAUAAAGUCAAUUUCUCAUAACAUUCAGUUAUUUUCUCUCAAAGCAGUUUCUCAAAGAAAAAUGAGUUGGUGCUUUUCAAAAAGUUUUCACAUAUAUUUUUAUCCAAAAUUCAAGAAUGCGCAAACCGAUCGACAUCGAUGAGUUGGAUUGUGAACAAACUGCAAGACUUUUUCGACCAGAAGUUUUGGCACCAACUUUGACAUUUGACACAGAUGCAAGAAAAGUCCAACCAUCUCUGAAGACAAGACUUUCACAAAGUAUUAAUCCAUUCAAAACAUCGGUAAGUGAAAAUUCUUCAAAUUGAAUUGUUUCGAUUAAGAAAGAACCAUUUUUUGAACUCUUGAAAUUUUUAACAUCCUUCAAAAAAAUCAUGUGUUUUUUGAGUUGUUGUUCAGAAAGCACAUGUGACUCAAAUUUUUACCGUAGAGCCGUAGUUAAUAAUCUUCUUAGAAGAUCCCAAUAAAAUAUGUUGUUAUAAGAUUUAUUAAUUGAAUUCUUCAAACAUUGUGAGAAAAACAUUUUUCACAUUUUCUAUUACCAAGAAAAACCCACACAAAAACAUUAGAAUAUUAAAUAAUUAGGAUCUUCAUUUUAUCAUUAACAAAUAUUUUUUGUCUAGAUCAUCGAUCAACUUCGACCGGAAUUUGUUAGCGAAUUCCGAGGACGCAUCAAUUUUUCAGUUGCUUAUGAAAAAGAAUGUUCAACCCUCCAUGUUCAUCUUCUCGAAGCCGUCGAUCUUCCAGUCAAAGAUUUUACCGGAUCAUCUGAUCCAUACGUUCGUGCAUUCCUUCUCCAAGAUCCAUCAAAAUCCGAACGUUCCAAAGUGCAUCGCCGUAAUCUCAACCCGACUUUCAAUGAGAUUCUAUCUUUCCGAGGUAACUUCUUUUUUCGGGAAAAAGGGCGGAGUUGAAACAUUGGUCAGAUGUUAUAGUUUUGUUUUGUUUUUUAACUCGCUUCAUUGAACAAGUUCGCCUAUUUUUAGCUUUUUAUAUUUUUUGACGACACGUUGCUAUGACCACCAACACCCUAUUAGGGUAGUAGUUUUUUUCAUAUAAGUCACACUCAUUUUUUCUUUGCAAAAAAAACUUAUUUGCGCGGUAUAAAUAAUAAGAUAUAAUGUUCCGUAUUGAAUAUUUGGAUCUUGUUCAACCAAAAAAAGGUGAGAUUCAGAAUAAAAAUAAUACUCUUACUGUAGAUACUGUAGGUAUUACAUUCAACUUAUGAGGUUAUUUUGCAGGUCAUUCAAUGAAAAAAUUGCACGACAUGACAUUGGUUCUUCAAGUAAUGGAUUAUGAUCGUUUCUCAUCAGAUGAUCCGAUUGGUGAAAUUCUUCUACCAUUGAAACAUGUUAAAUUUGAAAACAGUCCAGUUUAUUGGAAACAUUUACAACGUCCAACUGUUUCAAAAGAUGCUUGCGGAGAAUUAAUGGUUUCAUUGUGUUAUUUACCAAAUUCUGGAAAAAUAACUGUCAGUAUUAUAAAAGCGAGAGAUUUGCACACAAAAGAUCGAACACGAAGUUAUGGUAAGUUUUGUACUUUAUGCUCAAUUUGUCUUCUAAACAUGUUGUUUUUGUUUUUUCCUCAUUUUUCUCCCUACCAGAAAAAAAGUUGAAAAAGAGGCAAAACAAAAAUGAUGCGACCGCAAUUAGUUACACUUUUAGAACAUUUCAUGAAUUAUUGAUUUUGCGUUGUGAGAAAAAGGAAACCGAAAAAAUAAUUGAAUAAGUAAAUAAGGAAAUUAGAUUUGAACACCUGCAAAAAGUAAUAAGUUCCAAGAAAAUGAAUUAUUCGGAUAGAAAACCAAAAAACCGAAAGUUAAAGAAUUCUAAAAGUAAGGAACUCAAGUACUUUUCUGUGAAAAUUGGUUAUGGGUGGGUGAAGAGAGAAUAAUAGAUAAUUAUUUUUUUGGAAGGAAAACAAUUUUUAGAACUGAACUUUUCAAAGCUAGAAAUGGAACAAAUAUAAAAAUAGGUCCCCGUCAAAGUUCUGGGGAGCAUGAAUGUGCAUCUUUUUUCUAAACGGACAAGGGACCCCAACAAGACGAAAACAUCUAGAGGAUCUAGAACAAACAGUUUUUUCAGGUUUUUUUUUAAUUUCGGACAUACAGAAAAUUAGCUAUAAUUGAAAAUUAACAAAAAAAUGUGUUCUAGGGUUUUCCCCAGAUAAAUCAAAGCACUAAUGGGCUUUUUUAGAAAUGUCUAGAAAAAAUAUUCCAUACAUUUUUGAGCCACCUAAACUUUGAAAAAAGUUCAUGGAAUUUUUCUCCUAUAGUUUUAGGCCCAUUGAGAAAUUAUUCCCUGGGCGUUUUAUAGUUCAAAAGGUAUCCUUUUCUGAUAAUGAAAUUGUGUCCUUUUGAAAUUAAAAAAUCAAAUUAAAAAUACGAUUUUUUCCAGACACUUAUAUAAAAAUGUGGAUGGUUCAACAAGGCAACAAACUCGAAAAACGUAAAACCAGUGUCAAACCACAUACUCCAUCGCCAAUUUUCAACGAAUCUUUUGCAUUUGCUGUUCCAGUUCGAAAUGUUCUUCAAUCAGAUGUUAACUUGGUUUUAACUGCAAUGGAAUAUGAUGUUAUUGGAUCAAAUGAAGAGAUCGGACAUGUUAUUGUUGGUCAACUUGGAUCAGAACACGGACAAAAACAUUGGAAUGAAUGUAUUUCUCAUCCAGAACAACCCGUUGCAAUGUGGCAUAAAUUAUGUCCAAAGUGGUAG